AUGGCUUCCGAAAUAAAAUCAAAAACAAAUCAACCAUCGAAUCCUAGGGAUUUUUUUCAAAGGAUCUAUGGGGAUUUGGAGGAUUUAAGUGGGACAAAAAAAGAUGAAGUUUCGGUUAUCAGAAAUUCCGAAUCGGAAUUGAUAGCGCCGAUCCCGAUUUUGGCGGCUCCAAUACCAUUUUUGAUACCUUCAGGGAAUGAACCGCAUCUCGCAGCCGCUGCAGCAGGAUUAUCUGCGUUUUGUAACAGCGAACAAACUUUGAGAUUGGAAAUAGAAUACCAAAGAUCUGAAUACAUCAGCAGAGGAAGAAGAUGCGAACUUGCAGAAUCGUUGAGACUAUCGGAAACACAAAUCAAAAUCUGGUUUCAAAACAGAAGAGCCAAAGACAAGAGAAUAGAAAAAGCUCACAUAGAUCACCAUUAUAGAAAAUUAUUGGGAGCUUUUCCUGGAAGUUUUUGUCCCGUUUGUCUUGAUGGUCCAUGUUUCCACGUUUCCUCCAUCAUACAAUCACAUUCAUUACAGAACACAAACGAUUCUAUAAGUCCUGUACCAGAUAAUAAAUAUAAUUUUAACGAUAAUGUAUGA